AUGCAUCGGCUAGUUUGCAGUACACUGAUUGUUUUUCUGGCAUUAUUUGGAUGCCAUGUAAAGGGAGAAAGAGCUCAGCGAAGUGCCGACAGGCCCUAUGAAUCACUGUUAUUUGUGGAUAAUGGACAACGCUGGGGCACAUGGGGUCUUAAGGAAAUGUGUCCAAGGGGUUACUAUGCUGCAGGCUUUAGUCUUAAGGUUGCAGGUUACUGGGAAUCUCUGCUAAUUGGUGAUAACACUGCACUAAAUGGAAUUCGUCUUCAUUGCAUUAAUUCACCUAAAGGGUCAGGACCAUACUCUGACUAUGCCACAGUACAAUCAGACACUGGAAGCUGGGGUACAUGGACAGAUAUUAAGUGGUGUAAAUCUGGGAUGUUAAACAGUUUUCAACUACGUGUGGAACCUUACCAAGGAACCUUCUGGGACGAUACAGCAGCAAAUAAUAUCAAGUUUAAAUGCAGUAGAGAUGAUGAGGAAAUAAAAGGCAAAGGAAUGUCUUGGGGUGACUGGGGCUCAUGGAGUGACCCGUGUCUAGGAAUAGGCAUCUGUGGAAUCCAAACAAUCGUAGAGGAACCAAAAGGCGUGGGAGACGACACAGCACUGAAUGAUGUGCGAUUCUACUGCUGCGAAUAA